AUGCCAGUCCGACCCCUGCCUGGUUUCCGCUGGCUGUUCGCAGCCUUCGCUGUAACCUGUGGAGUUGCUUUUCGCCACGACCGUAUCGGUGGCGCUGUCUCAAGCAACUGCGACCUACACGAUGGAUGUGAGUGUUGGCAGCAGAAGGUCUGCAGCUCGUGCACACUGUCAACGUGCGGCAUCGAUCAUGUUAAAAGCGUUCGGCCUCUUCAGGGUGGAACCAAUCGCUUGCGCCCGGAUUUGGCAGCAGCCUAUGGCUUAGAGGAUUCUCUCGGUAGGCAAUGGGCGCUGAAACUCGCGGACCAGGAGAACGGCUCCUACGACCGUUCCGUCCUGGCUUCCCAGCUAGCCCACACACUCAAAGUACCAACACCACGCGUGCUACAAGUAUCCAUGGCAUCUUGCCCUGCAGUGUUUCAGCACAAGGACUUGCAAGACGUAGUGGCAGAAUUCCAGAGCCGGAAGAGGCACUGGGCGUUGUUGCAGGAGUUUGUGAGCGAGAACCAGGACCUCCCAUGCGCUGCGAACGUUGAGCCGUUUUGGGUGCAGGUGGGUCAAAUAGCCAUGUUUGACUGGAUUACAGGCCGCAACGAUUUGUUCAAUGACUUAUUGCUGGGUGGAGAGGCAGCCCUGGCAGAAAACAUGGACGUGAACAAGGACAAUAUCAAAACGACGCCCUCGCAAGCUGUAGAGAUUGAUUUAGGCUUCUCCGAGCCCUGCUGCUUGGAGGAUUUCGUCGAGAUUUUAAGCCAACUGGGUAAGGGGAGGGUGGCCUGGGUUCCCUCGCACAUCCUGGUGCUGAUGUGUGAGGGCAGGAACGGCGGCUUGGGCUCCCGCACCUGCUCCUCGGCCUUCGGAGACUACUCGGCCCUGAAGCCCAGAGGAUGGCAUCCGGAAAUCUCCGAAAUCCAGAUCGAGCGCGGACUCGCCCAAGUCGCAACCGCGGCCCUGAACUUGACAGGCAGUCAGGCCUGGUCCUACCCUGUGUCGGCAACCUUAACGCUCCUCCAAGAGAAGUGGUCGAAGAAUGGCGCGCAAGCUGUGGUUGAUCGGCUACGAACAGAGGAGGAAGCGGCGAUUGAAGUUAUCCCGACGGACCAAAAGUGCUGCAGUGUGGCGUGUCAAUACAGGAGUCGUUUCUGGACGUGGCACCACUGUGGAGACAAAGCCAUGAAGACAGUGAUGAUCGAAGAUGCCUGUAACAUACAACUCUCUGCUAUCUCCAUGGUGCUGCACUGCUCUCCAGUCUGCGGUGGCGCCACGAAAGUCUGGGGUACCGUUAAGGAGAGCAAGGGUAGUUGUCUGGCUGGGUAA